CUUUGUCAUAACCUUAAACUUAUCAAAAGCAAAACAAAAGUCAAAAACCAUUCAAAAAGCAAAAACAUUAAAAUUAGUGAAAAAACUACAGUUAAUGAAUUGUUACAUAAUAAUUUUAAAAAUAAUCGUCAAGUGAGAAAGCAAUACCUAAAUCGAGUUUCCCAUUUACGAUAAAAAUUACAAAUGUUUCCAUUUGUAGAUAAAAGUAUUGUCCCAAAAUUUGUGAGGUUUAACUGCACUGCCUCAGGUAUAUUUGUAAAUAGAAAUCCAAGGAAUUUGGAGCGUAUGCGAAUAGCUCGCAAACCAGAUGGUUACCACUUAGAGAAACCUGGUCGCAAGUUUUGGCACAAACUCUUAUUAACAACCACAAACAGAACAGUAAAAGCUGAAGUAGUCCAUUUUGUCAAUGGCCCAGUUAUUGACGCAAAAACUUCAGAGAAAGCACUUCGGAACCAGCUCUACAGUAUUACAGAUACAAGUGCCUAUAUGAACCUUGGAAGAGUGUUUGCCCAAAGAUGCUUGGAAUGUGGCAUCAUGGAAAUGUAUUGUGAUAUAGAACCAGUAAAAGGAGGAAAGGUUGAAAAGUUUCUAGAUGAAGUUGUUAAAGGAGGAAUUAAGCUGCAAGAAAUGGAGGUUUAUAAGAAGCCUGAACCGUGGGAUAUGCUUAGACCAGAAAAGCCAUGGGAAGUUACUGAAGAAUAAAGUUUGUUUAUACUAGUCAAUAUUAGAGAUUAUAUGGUACAGAAAA